CAAAAUAAUCUCGGAAAUAGAAGCUGACAAUUGUCUCAAAAUAAGAAAACAAUUUUGGAAUAUAAUGAAACACUGAGAUAAUAAUUUACGAAUGAUAUAAAAUACCUGUGUUGUCUGUCAAGGAAGAGAUGAGAAAUUGAGUUGGUGAUAUGGUUAGUUAUCGUUGAUACCCUGAAAUAGCGGCGAGAUUUGGAAAGAGAAGCGAUGACAUCGUCGAAGGUGGAUCUGCCACGACAGGGUUCAGUUUCAAACCUGUUAGCGGACGAGGUUUGGGAAGAAGUAGUUGGCGGCGCCACUGAAUCGACAAUAAGCCUCGAAGAUUUCUUAACAAAGGCAACCUCUGUUGUGAGAAACGACACCGUACGAGGAAAGAGGAAGGCCGUGGAAGAACCCUUAGAUAAGGCCACUCUUCAGAAACAAAGAAGGAUGAUAAAGAACAGAGAGUCUGCUGCUAGGUCCAGGGAACGCAAGCAGGCUUACACGGUUGAGCUAGAGUCUUUGGUUACACAUCUGGAGAAAGAGAAUGCUCUCUUGUUGAAGGAAGAGGCUGAUAGGAAAAGGCAGAGGUUUGAACAGCUCAUGGAGUGCCUCGUUUCAGUUGAGGAGAAGCCUAGACUGAAAAAAAAGCUUCGAAGAGUGAACUCAACUCAAUGGUGAAUAACAAUCAAAUGAUGCAAGAAAUAUUAAAGGGUAAAUAUGAAAAAAAAAAAAAGGGAAAUGAUUUCGAAACUUACUUUGUAUACACGUAGCUUUACUGGUUAUUUUCUGGGAUGACUCGGAGUUACAUUAGAAAAUAGCUACAGCCAAAUGAUUUAACUAAAUUGAUCUCGACUUUAUUAUUCUU